AAAAGUAAUUUAAGAUGAUUUGUGUUUAAACCUUAAUAAAUAUGUUUUGUAUGAAUUUUAUGUUUAUUCAGUAUGAAGUUACAUGCCAUGUCAUCGAUCGGUUUCCUUUUGACGCAAACGGACAUUAGCCUAAAAAUUAAUAUUUUCAGCCUUAGAAAAAUGUAAUGUGUGUCUACACACACAUGUGUAUGUUUAAUUUGGAUAUUGUAAAUGUUACAGUAGUAGGCUGUUAAUAAAAUAAAUAUCAAAAGAAAAAUAAAUCUGUGUAACAUCCCCACUGUCAAAAUAUAGAGCAUGUUCUAUGUUUUCUGCUGCCAGAUCUGUAGUUCGCGCCAACACAGACGUACGUGGUAUGUUUUGUCACAUUCGAUUCGGUUUCAGUGUCUUUCUUUUUUAACUUGUACCAUAUUCGCCAGACCCUAAAUUCGAUGGUCGCCCAACGGAUUACCUUUGUAAAAUUCUUAGUCGCCCUUAGCUAAUAAAGGUCGCCACGGGCGACCAGGCGACUACUUAUUUUCAACCCUGUCAGUUUACAAUGUACAUUUAAUAUUAAUAUUAAGUUAUUAAAAGAAAACACGUUAUGUAGCCUACUUUUAUAUUAAGUGGGGGCGGCAACCCACUGUUGGGGGCAUUGGGAGGGGGGACCUACCCACUCUACCUAUGUAUGAUUUUAUCAAAUUUAAUACAAUAAAAAAAAACCCACGAUUAUGCCACUGCUAUAAAGGUAUGGGUUUAUGAUGGGGGAGAUAUUGGCCUGAGUGAUGAUGUGGUCAUGCCAUCAAACUUUAGGCUGUUACAGGGAUCACAUACCAAGUUCAUUUCUAGAAUUCUUGUCUACACUCUUCAGGCCUAUGAGAAUUGGUUACGCAGAAAUAAGUCCAGUGUUGUGUCGGAGAUAGCAAGUCUGAUGAUUUUGUCCGGGAUCUUUUUCAUUCUUGUCUUCACCGUGGUACUAAUCUCACUGAAGCUGUGGAUUGGCUGGCGCUCAAAGUCUUUGUUGCCUCAUCUGAGAAAGGACGCACAAGGGAGAACACUCACAACUGUAGGGUUCUUUCACCCAUACUGCAAUGCUGGAGGGGGUGGCGAGAGAGUGCUGUGGACUGCAAUCAGAGCUUUACAGAAAAAAUAUCCCAGCAUUCAGUGUGUGAUUUACACAGGAGAUGUUGAUGCUCGACCAGCUGACAUAAUCGACAGAGCUCGACAAAGAUUCAACAUCGUCAUUGUGAGACCGGUUGAGUUUGUCUAUCUAUACCGUCGAGACUGGGUGGAAGCCUUCAAGUACCCCUACUUCACUCUCCUCGGCCAGAGCUUGGGAUCUGUGUUUCUAGGCUGGGAAGCCAUGAUGAAGUUUGUGCCCGAUAUAUAUCUGGAAACUAUGGGCUACGCAUUUACUGGUCCCUUAUUUAAGUAUUUCGGAGGCUGUAAGGUUGGAGCAUACACGCACUAUCCUACAAUCAGUACUGACAUGAUAGACAGAGUGUCACACCGCUCUCGCACAUACAACAAUGCCACCUUUAUUUCCGGCAGUCUUCUUCUCAGUGCUGUCAAACUUGCAUAUUACAGACUCUUUGCUUAUUUAUAUGGCAUUGUGGGCAAACGAUUUGAUCUAAUAAUGGUCAACUCUACCUGGACGUUUAACCACAUUGAAGCCUUGUGGCAGGCUUCUGAUAAAACACACAUCGUGUAUCCUCCGUGCGAUGUCACAGAAUUCGUCAAACUUCCUCUAGAGAGGGGAGGUGAUAAAACGAUCCUGUCUGUGGGACAGUUCAGGCCUGAGAAAGAUCACCCGUUACAGAUUGAGUCGUUCUCUGUAUUUCUCAAGCGGAUGGGCGACUCUGAAAGACGUGCGUACAAACUGUGUCUCGUUGGAAGUUGUCGACAUGACAGUGACGUGGAGAGAGUGAACAAUCUGAGGGAGUUCUGUGAGGAACUCGGGGUGGCCGACAGGGUGCAGUUCAAACUGAACGUCAGCUUCACGGAACUGAAGCAGCUGAUGGGAUCAUCUACAGUGGGUCUGCACACCAUGUGGAAUGAACAUUUUGGAAUAGGUAUUGUAGAAUUGAUGGCGGCUGGGUGUAUUGGUUUGGCUCACAACUCAGGAGGACCUAAGCUUGAUAUUGUGAUACCGCACAACGGAGAACAAACGGGCUUCUUGGCUGAUGAUGUUCCAUCCUAUGCUGAUGCCAUGGAAACCAUUUUCAACAUGUCUGACAAGGAGAGACUCAAAAUCCAAAUGAAUGCUAGAGAGAGUGUUCAGAAAUUCUCUGAUGAAGAGUUUGAAUGUUCUUUCCUGACUUUAAUGGAACCCAUGCUUCAGAAUGGGGAAGAGAAGGUGUAAUGAUUGACACAUUGUCUGCAAUAAAAUAUAUUGUCCCUA